GCGGCCCUCACAGUCUUACCUGACCCACCCAGUAUACCUCUCUUUUUUUCUCCGCUCGACUGGCAGCUCCGGUGUGCUUUCUGUCUGUUUGGAGAUGUGACUGGUCGUGAGUGCAGUGAAGUGGACUUCUUUCGAUGGUGUGUGGUAUUCGCAUUCCGUGAGAGGGGGCAAAUCGAUGUGAAAAUACGUGAUAUGUGAUACCGUGUUCGUGGCUACAAGGGACUCUGACGUAUGAAGUGAUAUUAGAACCGUCCAAUGAAAGAAAAAUAAAUAGUAUCAACUUUUCCCGUCAAUAAAAUCGUAAUGGACCUGCAUUGCGGAUCAUAACAGCCCUCUCUCUCUCCACGAAUAAUGUAGCCAUCGAAUCAGACACGUGAUGUGAAAGCCUCGGGUCUUACGGCAACAGGAAAACCGAACGAGGCGCAAGGGCUUCUGACGCGUAGGACCUUUCCACGAACGGCUGACACGAUGUCGAGGAAGGCUCAGGAGAAGGUUCCAGAUCGACUUAAGGAGCAACAAGGGCAAAAGGCCGAGGAUAAGGAAGGACAUGAUAGGCGAACCCACCAACUUCCAGCACAUUAGUCAUGGCGGAGAUCCCGACGUGUGUGGAGGAGGCGAGUCGGAGGGACCACUCACGAACCAACUCAUACUGGUGGAUUUGGCCCAGAAACAGAGAGCCAUAGAGGAAGCUAAGAUGCUAAAUUGCACGAGUGCCGAGGCUUCACUGCCCACGCCACAAGCAGUCACUGAAGACGCGAUUCGCUCCCGCCAGCCUGGUGCUCAGGACGCUCCGGAAAGAGACGACAGCGCCUGGCAGCAGCAGCAGCAGCAGCAGCAGCAGCAGCAGCAGCAGCAGCAGCAGCAGCAGCAGCAGCAGCAGGAGCAGGACGCCCACGACGGCCCGCACUCGCCCCACAAGGAAGCCUCAGAGAGCCACUCCCUCCCCCUCCCCCCCACCGCAGGUGUCGAGAAAUCUCAGAAGCCGAGUAGGAGCCUCAGACUGAAGAAGAAGAAAAAGAUCAGGAAUGACAUGAUCAGCCUGCCAUACAAUUUCCAGCAUGUCAGCCAUGCAGGUUUCGACAGAGACAACAAUUUCUCUCAGUUUAACAUAGAGAAGCAAGUUGAGGAUCAAAUAAGGGAGCUGUUUAAGGAGAUUGGCUUGACCAAAACCCAGAUGUCCCGACCUCGGACGCGGGAGUUCGUGUACAACCUACUGGAGCGCCACGGAGUCUUUCAGGAGGCCAGGAGAGAGUCGCAGCUCCUCACCUCGCAGAAAAGACUCUCAGGUCAAACUGCAGAGGUCGUGUCUGGCGGAGGUCAGCCUGGAAUGGGUCUGGGGAAUGAGGAGAGUGGAAAGGGUGUAAGUCAGGUCAGGGAAGGUCCUGACUAUACUGGCACGGGUCACGAGGACGAGGUCAUGUUAGUGGCGUCUCUGGACCUGUCGGAUGUAGUCCAGUCGUCUCCCCAGCGGGCCGCGCCACAAGACCAAAGUCAAGAACCUGUUAAAAAAUACCGUCACAGGGCCGCCAAACGCCAGGCUCCCAGGCCGCCUUCACAGGUCGGAGACGCCGGGCCUGUCGCGCCGCCUGAAAAGGUCAUCCAGACCGCAGCCUCCGACUUGAGGGUCUCGAGGGUGUGCCCCGACGCCGCGUCUGGCGGAGAGGCCCCCUAUAACCCAGCCCUUGAUAAGAAGGUCAUACACUGUAUCGUCUCCGAAGGGCCGGUCGUACACACCGUCACCUCUUAUGUUAUCAGCUCAGCGUCUUCCGCAGGCGAGACUCAAGGGGGCUCUUCAACCUCUCCACAAGAUAACAACUCCUCUGUUAUCAGUAUCGAGCGCGCCCCCACCCCCCCGCCACCACGAAAGUCGCUCCCACCCUGACUGCCGCUGCUGCAGGGCCACGGGGGGAUAUCAGGGCCUUUGUCAUGCCUGUCACGCAAAACACACGCACGGGGCAGCGUUAGCGCAGAGCCACACUGCCGCACACAUGUAUCUCCUUAAGUGAGUUUGUACUGUAUAUGCAAACCAAGCUAGAAAUAGAGAUGACAGCGAUAUUGUGAUUAUUGUUUUAAGUAUUGACGGAUAGGAUUAUUGCCGUAUUGUAGUUCUAUCCAGUGUUAUGAAUUUCGACAAAAUAAUAAAAAAAAAGUAGUAACCA